AUGAAAGAAGAAAAGAUUACAAGAGAAUUGGAAUGUUCUCUUGCAGAGUUUAUUCAAAUCUAUAGAGAUGAAUCUAGUCAGAAUAAAUAUCAUCUAGAUAGAGGUGAUAUCAAUAUACUAUUUAAUCAAUGGAAUGAUACUACAUCAGCGUCAACAACAACAACAACAUCUUCAUCUUUUUCAUAUGAUAAUAUAUCAGAGAGAACAAUAUCAUUUCAAGCUCCGAUCAAUGCACCACCAUCCAUUAGAAAGAUCAUCGGUAAAGAUGCAACAACGAUUGUAGAGAAACAAAAGAUACAAAAGAGUAGAGACCCAAAUCAACCUCUACUCAUUCAAACUCAUUAUAGACCAGAUAUAAUGGGUGAUUACUUUCAAGUUGAAUCUGAAUGGAUUAUCACUCCCUUGGCUAAUCAACCACCUCGUUGUAAAUUAGAGUUAAUAUUACGCACAUCGUUUAAUAUGAGAUUUGUUGGUAAUGUCUUUGAACUAUUUAUCAUAAAGGCUGCUGCUUCAUCGGCUGCUCAAUACGUUGAUGUAGUUCAAGAUUAUUUAGAAUUAAACAAAUUAAAUAGAUUAAAACAAUUAAAAUUACAAUUACAAUCUCAACAACAAAAUCAAAAUAAUAAUAGAAUCAAUAAUAAUACGAAUAAUAAUAAUAAUAAUAAUAAUACGACUACCACUACGACUAAUAAUAAUAAUAAUAAUAACAAGAUAAAUAAUGAAAAGAAAAAGAAACCAAUACCAAUUAAUUUACCAAUCACAUCUGAUGUCAUUUUACCAACAACAACUACUACUACUACUACAUCAACUACGACAAACAACAACAACAACAACAUAACAAUGACAAGGAAAAAGAAAAAAGGAUAA